GAGAGUUCCCAUUGCACCAUGUCCUCACCAGCAUUUGGUGUUAUCGGUAUUCUGGAUUUUGGACAUUCUAAUAGCUCUGCUCAUUCCAGGGGCUUGUUUCGUCGAGAUGCACACAAGAGUGAGAUUGCUCAUCGGUAUAAGGAUUUGGGAGAAACAGAUUUCAAAUACCUGGUGCUAAUUACCUUUUCUCAGUACCUUCAGAAGUGUCCAUUUCAAGAGCAUGUAAAAUUAAUGAAUGAAGUAAUUGAGUUUGCAAAAACAUGUGUUGCUGAUGAGUCAGCUGAAAAUUGUGACAAAUCACUUCACACUCUUUUUGGAGAUAAGUUAUGUACUGUUGCAAGCCUUCGUGAAGUCUAUGGUGAAAUGGCUGACUGCUGUGCAAAGCAAGAACCCGAGAGAAAUGAGUGCUUCCUGGAACACAAGGAUGACAACCCCAAUCUCCCUUCGCUGAUUAGGCCAGAGGCUGAUGUUAUGUGCACCGCCUUUCAGGAGAAUGCAGACAUGUUUUUGGGAAAUUACUUAUAUGAAGUUGCCAGAAGACAUCCUUACUUUUAUGCCCCAGAACUCCUUUACUAUGGUCAAAAGUACAAAGCCGUUUUUACAGAAUGCUGCCAAGCUGCUGAUAAGGCCGCCUGCUUGUUUCCAAAGCUCGAUGCUUUGAAGGAGAAAGGAAUGGCUUCUUCUGCCAACCAGAGAUUCAAGUGCGCCAGUCUCCAAAAAUUCGGAGAGAGAGCUUUUAAAGCAUGGGCAGUAGCUCGCAUGAGCCAGAAAUUUCCGAAAGCCGAUUUCGCUGAAGUUACCAAGCUAGUGACAGAUUUUACCAAAGUUCACAAAGAAUGCUGCCAUGGUGACCUGCUUGAAUGUGCAGAUGACAGGGCAGACCUUGCCAAGUAUAUGUGUGAAAAUCAAGAUUCAGUGUCCUCUAAACUGAAGGAAUGCUGUGAUAAGCCUCUGUUGGAAAAGUCCCACUGCCUCUCUGAGGUGGAAAAUGAUGACAUGCCUGCUAAUUUGCCUGCAUUAACUACUGAUUUUGUUGAGGAUAAGGAAGUUUGCAAAAACUACGCUGAGGCAAAAGAUGUCUUCCUGGGCACGUUUUUGUAUGAAUAUGCAAGAAGGCAGCCUGAUUACUCUGUUUCAUUGCUGCUGAGACUUGCCAAGACAUAUGAAGCCACCCUGGAGAAAUGCUGUGCCACCGCUGAUCCUCCUACAUGCUAUGCCAAAGUGUUUGAUGAAAUGCAGCCUCUUGUGAAUGAGCCUAAGAAUUUAGUCAAACAAAACUGUGAGCUUUUUGAACAGCUUGGAGAAUACAACUUCCAGAAUGCGCUAUUGGUUCGUUACACUAAGAAAGUACCCCAAGUGUCAACUCCAACUCUUGUGGAGGUCUCAAGAAACCUAGGAAGAGUGGGCACCAAAUGUUGCAAGCUUUCUGAAACACAAAGAAUGUCCUGUGCUGAAGACUAUCUGGCCGUGGUCCUGAACCGGUUGUGUGUGAUGCAUGAGAAGACACCAGUGAGUGACAGAGUCACCAAAUGCUGCACAGAAUCCUUGGUGAACAGGAGACCAUGCUUUUCUGCUCUGCAAGUCGAUGAAACAUAUGUCCCCAAGGAGUUUAAUGCGGAAACAUUCACCUUCCAUGCAGACAUGUGCACACUUCCUGAUAAGGAGAAACAGCUCAAGAAACAAUCUGCACUUGUUGAGCUGGUGAAACACAAGCCCAAGGCAACAGAAGAGCAACUGAAAGAUGUUAUGGGAGACUUCACAGUUUUUGUAGAUAAGUGCUGCAAGGCUGAAAACAAGGAAGCUUGCUUUGCAGAGGAGGGUCCAAAACUUGUGGCUAAAAGUCAAGCAGCCUUAGCCUAAAAACAUCACAAUUUCAAGCAUCUCAGCUACCGUGAGAUAAGAGGAAGAGAAAUGAAGACCCAGAGCUUAUCUAUCUGUUUU